AGAGUGAGAGUGAGAAGAUAAAGGUAUACUACUGUAAAAGUAAAACUGUCUUGUCUGUAAGUUGAUCAAAGAAGAGUAAAAAAGUUACUUCACCAGGGAAAGUUCAGUGAGUUGCAUUGAGAAAAUUUUGUAAAUGGCGCCCGUUGACAACUCGCCGACGUGCAAUAUGGGUAACUUCGAGCUCAUCUGCACGGUCAAGUCCAACGAUCAAAUACCGGUGCACAAGUAUCGCUCCACCAAGACCGGCCUCACUGUAUUCAUCGCUGAGGUCGAUGGCCCUGUCGUUGGUGGCUACCUAGCCCUAGCAACCGAAGCUCACGACGACGAUGGCUUGCCUCAUACUCUGGAGCAUCUUAUAUUUAUGGGCAGCGAGAACUAUCCGUACAAGGGCAUUUUGGACUUGAUGGCUAACAGAUGCCUGGCUUCGGGAACAAAUGCUGCGACUGACACUGACAAUACUUUUUAUACAAUGGAGACCAUUGGUAGCGAAGGCUUCCUCACUCUCCUUCCAGUUUACAUUGAUCACGUUCUUUAUCCUACUCUCAAGGAUUCUGCAUUUACCACUGAAGUUCACCACAUCAGUGAAGUAGGGGAAGAUGCUGGAGUCGUGUAUUGCGAAAUGCAAGCAUUAGAGAACAAUGGAGAAUGCAUGGUAGAUCUUGAAAUGAAAAGAGCCAUAUAUCCUGGCCAGUGUGGCUACAAAUCUUAUACUGGAGGUAGUAUAAAGAAUUUAAGAGAGAGCACAAACAAUGACAAGUGCAGAAAGUACCACAAGGACUUUUACAGGCCAGAAAAUUUAUGUGUUAUUAUCACUGGUCAAGUAAAGCAUGCGGACGUGUUCAAAGCCUUACAGUCAGUAGAGGACAAAAUUAUUGUAAAGGGUGAUAGAGGUCCUUUUAUUAGACCAUGGCAGAGUGAAGUACCACCUUUUGAUAAAAGCGUAGAAAAAGAUGUUUAUUAUGGAGUCCAUGAAGAAGACAAUGGAAUAGUAAAUAUUGCGUGGCGAGGUCCAUCUGCUGUGACCAAUCGAUUUGACAUGAUUGGUUGUACUUUAUUAAUGAAGUAUAUGACAGACACAUCAGCUAGUCCUUUGCAGAAAGAAUUUGUUGAAAUUGAGGAUCCAUACUGUAGCAACGUUACAUUCUGUCCGAUAGAAAAUUCCAUAACAACGUUUUAUUUACAAUUUUGUAACGUCCCAAAGGCUAAGAUUUCUCAGGUUAAAGACCGUUUGGUAGAUGUUUUAAAAAAAUUUACCAUCGACAUGCAGCGCAUGAAUACCGUCAUUCACAGACACAUUCUUGAAACUAUGAGUAACUUGGAAAGAAACCCUCAUGAUUUUAUGGCUUUUGCAAUUAUUGGAGAUUUUCUGUUUGGAAAAGGCAAAGAAGACCUUGAAGGUAGACUGAAUGAAAUUGAAAGCCUCAAAAAACUUCAAUCAAAAUCAGCCGAUUACUGGAUGGACUUGCUAAAAAGAUAUUUCAUUGACACUCCCUGUGCAGUUAUAAAAGGCCAUCCGAGUGUAGAUAAACAAAAAGAAUUAGAAGAAUCCGAAAAAAAGCGAAUAGAAGCUCAAAUUGAACGAUUGGGACCAGAAGGUUUAAAAAAGAAAGGAGAAGAACUUGAAAAAGCCAUAAAUGAAAAUGAAACGCCAAUAUCUGAUGAUAUUUUGACAAAAGUACCAAUACCAAGCACCGAUUCUUUCAAUUCCCACCCCAUAAAAAGCUUUGAAACUGGAUCUCAAGAUCAGUACCCACGAUUUGACUGUAACAAAUUGCCUUUUUACACUUAUUUAGAUCACGUUAAUACCAAUUUUGUAUAUAUGUUUAUGGUAAUGGAUACAUCUGAAAUUCCUGUAGAAAAGAGACCAUACCUGCCUAUACUAUUAGAAGCUAUUUUGGAGUGUCCUAUUCUGAGGGAUGGAAAACUUAUUCCUUAUGAAGCAGUUGUUUCUGAAUUGGAAAUGGAUACUAUUGCAGUUGGCACAAGAAUGGGUCUUGAUUGCAGAUCGAGAUUUUCUGUUGGUGCUUAUGGACACAAUGCAAUGUUAAUCCUUCAGCUUGAACUCGCCAAAUAUUCCAAAGGCAUUCAGUGGAUGAAAGAACUUUUGUAUCAGUCGCAACUUGUUGCAGAAAGACUGAAAAUCAUAGCGACCAAGAAUAUUAACGACGUAGCCCAAAUGAAACGUAAAGAAAAGAAAGUAAUUGACGAUCUCAUGACGAGUCUAUUGUAUAGAAAAGAAAGCAAUAAUUUCAACGUCAAUAUGCUGCGCCAGCAUCAGUUUCUCACAAAAAUGGUAAAGGAAUUAAAUUCUCCUAGCGGGGGAAAAGAGGUUUUAGAUGAGCUUGAGUUGGUCCGAAGUAUCUUAACGUCACCGAAAAAUAUUACUUUAAUGGUUGCCGUCAAUGCCGAUAAAUUGGCAGCUCAAGUUCCCGACGUUUACAAGCCUUGGACCGAAAUUGUGGGCCCUGAUAGUUUUGAAAAUCACAAUUUGAACAUAGUACCGGACUACAAACUCAUAAAACCUCUGUCAGAAAUCGAGAUUGAUGGAUGCGUGGCAGGCAUGGGUAGCACCGAGUCGGCAUUCUUUUUGCAAUGUUGUCCUUGUAUAAAUGAUUUUGAGCAUUCCGAUUUAGCACCUCUUUUAGUGUGCUUGCAAUAUUUCAUUCAACUCGAGGGACCAAUGUGGGUAAAAGUAAGGGGACUGGGUCUUGCAUACGGUUAUACAAUCUUUCCAAGACCGAACGAAGGUCUUUUGUACUUGCAAUUUUACAGAGCAACCAAUCCUGUGGAUAGUUAUAAAGAAACUAAAGCCAUUAUUGAAAACAUGCUCUCAACAAACAGCUGGGAUCAACUUUUGUUCGAAUCAGCCAAGUCUUCUUUGAUUUACCAAAUCGUCCAAGAAGAAAAGAGUGUAGGGGACAUGGUGGCCAAAGCUAUAGCGAGCCACUUCAAAAAGGUGCCGAUCGAUUAUACAGCCAGGCUUGUCAAGAAAAUAUCAGCAGUGAAAAUCAAGGAUUUGGAGCGCGUGCUUCCCACCUACGUGAAGCCACUGUUUGAUCCAAGCAAAUGUAAAACCACUAUCGUUUGCAAACCUGCAAGAACUACCGAAAUCGCCGAGGCUUUUAAAGAAAUGAACCAUGAUUUGAAAAUUUAUCAGUCCAUUGAAGACACAUACAUGAGCUCCUGGUGAAGCUUGAGAAAGCGUCCUAGUUGAGCACAACUUCUACAGGAGAGUGCGGUCUCCAAUGAGUCUAAUUUCAAAGUUAUAACUACUCAAGACUUCUUGAAGCCACUACAUGCAAAUUUUUCGUACUGAAAUGUAUUACAAUGGUAUCUUAUACCUAAAAAUACACUAAAAAUACUUCAUCAGAUAAAAUGAU